AUGACCGACAAGAGUCCAAUUCGAAUUGCAGGCGCGUCGGGCUCUGCCUCUGACCGCCGCCAUGCCAUUGCCGACUUUGCACGCCAUUGUGCUACCGAUCCAGUCGACGUGAUCAUCGCCGACUUCAUGAGUGAGUUCAACAUGGCCACAGCCGCGGGCCGGCGUGUGGACCAAGCCACUGCCCCCGCCGGGGCCGCCUAUAAUCUGUCUUUCCUCGAAGCGUUAGAACCGGCUCUGGGGGAUUUGGCUACGCACGGCAUUAAAUUAGCCGUCAAUGCCGGGGUCGCAGACACCAAGGGUCUCUACGAGGUGGUGAGGCGGAUGGUGCAGGCCAAGGGACUGGAUUUGAAGGUGGCGUGGGUGGCCGGGGAUGAAGUACUCCCCACUGUCCAAAAGGCACUGGCGACCGGGCAGUCGGAGUUCCGGAAUGUCUACACGGGCGAGCGAUUGGCAGACUGGUCGUUCGAGCCCAUCUACGCGCAAUGCUAUCUCGGUGGCCUGGGAAUUGCGGGAGCCCUCGCUGAUGGCGCCGAUAUUGUGCUAUGCGGACGGGUGUCCGACGCGUCGCCCGUCAUCGGAGCCGCCUACUGGUACCACGGCUGGCGACGCGACGAGCUGGAUAAGCUGGCCAAUGCUUUCGUGGCGGGCCAUCUGAUCGAAUGUAGCAACUACGUCUGCGGAGGCAACUUCACCGGUUUCAAGUCCCUAGAGCACGGCGGCGACGGCUGGGCCAAUAUCGGGUACCCGAUCGCAGAGAUCUCUGCCGCGGGCGACGUGGUGAUCACCAAGCAAGCGCAUACCACCGGGGGUGCUGUCACCGUCGACACCUGCACCUCACAGCUGCUGUAUGAGAUUCAGGGUCCAUGGUACUACAACUCGGACGUCACGGCGGUCCUCGACGGCAUCCACUUUGAGCAGCGCAGUCUCAACCGGGUGGCCAUCCACGGGGUUCGAUCAAGCCCACCUCCCCCGACCACCAAAGUCGGUAUCACUGCCCGCGGAGGGUUCCAGGCCGAGCUGUGGUGGUUUUUGACUGGACUCGACAUUGAAGCCAAAGCCCGCAUGCUCGAGGCGCAAGUGCGCCGGCUGCUGACCCCAUACGCGGACCGAUUCACAGCGCUGAAGUUUGAUUUACUCGGAGCCUGCGUACCGAAUCCGCCAGAUCAAAACCGUGCCACAGUGCCCCUUCGAAUUGUGGUGCAAGCACGCCGAGCAGAGGAUCUGGCACCCACGCGGUUUCUGAAACCCAUCACCGACAACAUCAUGCAGGGCUACCCGGGGGCCACAUUCCACCUGGACCUGCGGCAGGGUUUCCCCCGCGCCAUCUUCGAGUACUAUGUCAGUCUGCUACCGCAAUCUGCCGUGCAGCAUCGGGUGCAUCUCCCCUGGAAGCCCACCGCGUCCACGCAGAUAGUCGACAUUCCACCACCGCCGCGCACCCAGAUCUACCCAUCGCGGCAGCCAUCCCAACCCACCACGCACACCGACAUCAUGGUUGAUCUCCAACGCGACUUUGGCCCAACGACCCGAGGUCCAUUGGGAUGGAUCGUCCACGCGCGCUCUGGCGACAAGGGGUCUGACGCCAACUGCGGCUUCUGGGUCCGUCACCACGACGAGUAUCUGUGGUUGCGAUCAUUGCUGUCUGUGGACACGGCACGUAUGUUGUUGGGGGACACCGGACGCGUAGACCCCAUCGCGAUCGAGCGAUUCGAGCUCCCAGGCCUGCACGCGGUGCAUUUUCUGUUCCGGAACUUGCUCGACCGUGGCGUCGGGGUCACGACCACAGUAGACUUCCUCGGCAAGAACGUGGCCGAGUACCUGCGGUCGCGGUACGGUGAUAUUCCCGAGCGGUUUUUAAACCGGGGCAAGCUGUAG